AUGGCAGUGUUGAUCUCAGCAGGCCCUAAGACACAGCUUAUAGCUGGAUUGUUACUUACAACAAUUCCACUGUGGCUUUUGGCCUGGCACUUUCGGGUGCGCAACCCUCUCUUUGUCAGUCAUCACAUACCAGUACAUAAUGCCUGGACCAUCGACCGCGAAACUUUCAUCCACGAAUGGAUGGAGAAUCAGAUCGGCAAUUCACCCAAUCGUUCAGCUAUCUCUCUACUAUGCCGUAGGCCAGACAUCAAAUGGCAACCGAACGUCGUGAUGGACUUAGAUGAUGCCAACGGCGGCAUUGGCAAUGUUCGAGGCAACAUCUUCGACUUUCUCGGCUUGGCCAUCCUGACUGGGUCCUCAAUCAUGCUGCCUAGUUUUCAAUCUCGGUCAACGAAAGAUUUGAGCGCUCUUUGGAAUGGCAAGAUACCUUUUGGCACUUUCUUCGAUACCGAUCACUUCGUAUCCACCUUUGCCGCAGCUUGCCCGAAGAUGGACAUCUAUAUGCCAUCGAAGGACCAUUCUUUGGUUCCUCCCCUCCAGAACCGUUAUGGUAUGCCCAGUAUGCGACUGGACAUACAUCCCGAGUCUCUUGACACACCCACACCAAACACUCCUAAAGCAGCUGUGGAGAACUUCAACCACUGGCUAUCCGUACAGCCAGAUUACGAUGCACAAAAGACAUCUCUAGUCAACGUGGGCCGCAGCCUCUGGGAAGGACUUGAUACUCGUGCCGUACCUGCAGCCGUACGUAGAGACUUCGGCGGCUCUCUUCGCCUGAUCCCCGAAGUACGCAGAUUGGCUGCUAUAGUAACAUACAACCUCGCCCUCAAGUACCACCUUCAUAGCAUCGACCCUCGCCUUCCGUACUAUCCGUCAGUUUUUCUAGGCGCUCACUUACGCACCGAAAACGAUGCAAAGGCCGCUGGCUGGCUCAAUGACGGAAAUGCCGCUGCACAUGCAAACUAUACUGGUCAAACAGAUGCCUACCUCUCUCAGGCCGUUGAACAAAAUCUCUCAGUCAUCUACGUCGCCAGCGGCAACGCUACUGAGAUAUCCCGGUUUGCAGAAAAGGCAUGGCACCUCCACUCCUUCAACGUUACUUCAAAGUCAUCCCUACUCUCAGGCUCUGACCUCGAGGCUCUUGAAAGUCUCAGUUGGGACCAACAAGGGCUUGUUGACUACGAAGUGCUGAGAAGAAGUUCGAGCCUGGCAGGCUUCGCGAGGAGUAGCUUUGCUUUCAACAUCGCGAUCACGAGAAACGAGUUUGUCGAUAUCAAUCAGGAAACGUUGUGGUUGAGGCCGGAGCAUCUGAGGAAAGAGGACGUAGCGUUUGAGGAUGGGUUGAGUAAGAUUUGGGGACGGUUUCCGUGGCAGGAGGAGAGAAUGUUGAGAGGUGCUUGGCCUUGA